AUGAAUCCAGAAACGGUAUUAAAAAGAGCUUCUCUGUUGUACAAUUCUGGUUCCAAGCCUAAUGCCUAUACUCUUGUUCAUUUGAUUCGUGCUUGUACGACUACUGGUCGAGUUUCACAUGGCCAACAGCUACAUUCUCACAUUCUGACAGCUGGGUUUGAUUCAAAUGUCUUUGUGUCAACAGCUUUGAUAAAUUUUUAUGUGAUGUUUCAGGAAUUAAAUGAUGCCCAAAAAUUGUUUGUUCAAAUUCCUCAACCAAGUGUGGUUUCCUGGAAUUCUUUGAUUUCUGGAUUUGUUCGUUCUGGUAAGUUCAGAAAAGCGUUGAAUUUGUUUGUUCAGAUGGAAAAAUCUGGUGUUUUAGCAGAUUCUUACUCGCUCACCGCCGCUUUAUCAGCUUGUGGGCAGCUGCGUUUAGUGCAGUUCGGAAAAUCAUUACAUUCUAAGAUUGUGAAACUUGGCGUUGAAUGUGUUAUUGUUGUUUCCAAUUGCUUGAUUGAUGUGUAUGGAAAAUGUGGUUUCCCUGCAGAUGCAAUAUGGAUUUUUGAUGAUAUGGCUGAUAAGGACACUAUCUCUUGGAAUUCCAUUCUUGCCGCAAAUGCAAGAAAUGGGAAGCUUGAACGAUCAUUUAGCAUUUUUAGCCAAAUGCCCAACCCCGAUACAAUCUCAUACAAUGAGCUUAUCAGUGGCAUUGCACAGUUUGGAAACAUAGAAGAUGGAAUUGGAAUUUUAUCAAGAAUGCCAAAUCCUAAUUCAUCUUCAUGGAAUUCGAUAAUAACUGGGUAUGUGAACAGAGGUAGAGCCCGAGAAGCUGUUGAAUUAUUCAACAAAAUGCACUUGAGAGGAGUUAAAAUGGAUGAGUUCACAUUUUCAAGUCUUUUGAGUGGCAUUGCCAGUCCUAUUUGGCUUUUUGGGAUCAAGGAUGUUAUAUAUGCUUCAAAGGAUCACAGCCUUAUGCAGAGGCAUCACUCAAUUGAAUUGUGUUGA